AUGAUUAAAGCAAUCCUUAUUUUCAAUAACUCUGCUAAACCAAGACUAGUGAAGUUCUUCGAACAUUACCCCGAAGAAGUUCAACAGCGCAUUCUUCGUGAUACGUAUCAAUUAGUAUCGAAACGUGAUGAUAAUGUUUGUAAUUUCCUCGAAGGUGGAUCAAUUCUUGGCGACAACGAUUGCCGACUGAUCUAUCGUCAUUAUGCAACGUUGUAUUUCAUCUUCUGUGUUGACAGCUCAGAAAGUGAAUUAGGUAUUUUGGAUUUGAUCCAAGUUUUCGUCGAAACAUUAGACAAAUGCUUUGAGAAUGUUUGUGAACUUGACUUAAUCUUUCACGCCGACAAAGUUCAUUAUAUUCUCCAGGAGAUUUGCUUCGGUGGAAUGGUUUUAGAAACGAAUUUGAACGAAGUUGUUGCACGAGUAGACGAACAAUCGAAGAUGGAAAAGCAAGAAGCGGGAAUAUCAGCAGCACCAGCCAAAGCCAUGACGGCAUUGAAAGAAAUGAAUUUACCGCAAAAGAUCAAAGAUAUUAAACUGCCUGAUCUCAAUCUCAAUUUACGAUUUUAA